AUGGUGAGAUUUGAUACAGAAGUAGGGCAGAAUGAUGUUAUUCAAGCUGGAAUCUACCACUUUGAUAGCAAACCUUUCAUAGUAAAGGCUUGGCAUGCUGAUAUGGAUUUUUCUCGGGAAGAACUGCACACAAUGACCAUCUGGAUCAAGCUCCCGGGACUGCAUUUCAAAUAUUGGAGUCCUAAAGGACUUAGUAAGCUAGGUAGUAUAAUUGGGAAAACUCUAAUGGUGGAUCAAAAUACUGAGAGGAAAGUUGGUUUGAAUUUUGCUAGACUUAUGGUGGAGGUUGAUAUGAAUGUUAUAUUACCAGACACAAUUAAUUUCAGGAAUGAAAAGGGGAACCUAAUAGAACAAAAAGUGACAUAUAAAUGGAAGCCUACUCUGUGUAUGUAUUGUAAAAAAUAUGGACAUUCAAAUGAGAUUAUCAGAAAGAAGAAUUUGCCAAAAGCACAGAACAAGAAAAAGGAUCAACCACAAAAGGAGGAGGUCUAUCAAGCACCAGAACAAAGGAUGGAAGGGCACAGUAAGGGAGAAGGAACAUCACAAAAUGAUAGAAGUCUGCAAAAAACAAAAGCUACAUAA